AUGACAGCCUUCAACUGCGCCGCCGCUUUGUGCACGUCAGCAGCAUUUGCGCCAAAUGUCGAACCUGAAAUUUUUGAAGCAACGCCAUUCUAGGAAUUGAUCGAUUGAACUAGGAAUUACAAUCUCUUACUGCAUAUUCAAGUUUCGCUCAGACAGUAGUUAAACAUUACGAACCUAAUGUUCAGAUAAUGAAUCUGUGAUGCUGUGCAAGUAUGUGUAGUGACGUCGCAGUCGAAGGUGGUGAGUAAAGAAUUGUCGAGAGGAGAUUCGUCUUUUAGGGCAUUUGCAUCCUUUUCUCUACGUCAAGGUCCUCCGAUUCAUGCUUCGAUUAUCUGGGUUUUCUGGAAGUUGGUGACAUGAUGAGGAGUGCCGUACAAAGCUUGGUCAGAGUGAAGAAGCUCUGCCGCUCUCCUAACAAUCAUCGAUGUCUACAAACGGCAUUCUUUUCUUCGGAGGUGAAUUCCUGUUUUCUUUGAAGUCAAGUAUGGAGAAGAAGCAAGCUGGUUCAGAAGAUGAAUACGAUGUGGUUAUCGUUGGUGGAGGAAUGGUUGGUGCAGCAGUCGGCUGUGGCCUUGCUUGUUCACCAUUGUCGAGAGAUCUGCGGGUGGCCAUCAUUGACAGUUCCAAACCAAUGGCCGCACCAAAGCAUGACCCCAAGGCCGUUCCAGACCAACGUGUCAGUGCGAUUACUCCUGCUACCGUACGCUUUUUCAAAGAAGUGGGAGCUUGGGAAUCUGUUCAAGCUGCAAUGCCUACGCCCUUCGAUGCGAUGCAGGUUUGGGAUUACGAAGGGCUUGGGUACACUCGUUACACUGCUGACGACGUCGGUGCAUAUGUACUAGGGUAUGUAGUGGAGAAUAAAGUGUUACUUGGCGCCCUUCGUUCCCGUAUUGAGAAUGCAGGAUCCGUUGAUUUUAUCUGUCCAGCACAGGUGAAAUCAGUCCUUCUCCCAACUCCAAGUGGGCAAGGCCUCGAUUCACCGCAAGAUAGGGCGGAAGUUGGGCUCAAUGACGGCAGGUCCUUAAGAGCACGCCUUGUGGUUGGGGCAGAUGGAGGCAGGUCAGCAGUAAGAGCGACGGCGGGCUUUCAAACAAGAGGAUGGGAGUAUAAGCAAAGCGCUGUAAUCUGCACAGUGCGUGUAGAGACAAAUCAUGCUACUGCAUUUCAAAGAUUUUUGCCAACUGGGCCAUUCGCGUUGCUGCCCUUGAACGACACCUACAGCAACAUAGUGUGGACAACCACACCUGAAAAGGCUGAUGCUCUUAAAACCAUGUCAGCUGAGCAGUUUGUGGUAGAAGCGAACAAAGCAUUAAUAGAUGAUCAUGGUCCAAAACCAGGAUCAAAGAUUGCUGAGAUAGUAGGGAAUGUGGUAACUUCCUCACCGCUGCUGGGUGCCAUGGGUCCUUCAGCAUCAGAGCCGUUCCAAGAACCCCCGCGAAUUGUAGAUUGCGCGACUCCGCGGCUUUCGUUCCCGUUGUCGUUAAUGCAUGCCAGCAACUAUGUUGGGCAUCGUGUGGCUCUUGUUGGCGAUGCUGCUCAUACGGUUCACCCACUUGCUGGACAGGGAGUCAAUUUAGGGUUUGGGGAUGCUGCUUCUCUCUCGAAAGUACUACAGAAAGGAGUAGAAACCGGCCAUGAUAUUGGACAGAUAGAUUUGUUGGAGGAGUACGAGCGGGAACGAAAAAGGACCAACUUGACGAUGAUGGCUAUUUUGGAUGGAUUCCAGAAAAUGUAUUCCAGUGAUUUCGGUCCUCUCAAAUAUGCUCGCUCCUUCGGUUUCAAUGCAGUCCAUGCACUGGGUCCUCUAAAGAAGCAAAUAAUAUCGUAUGCAAUGGGUGUAUAGUGUCCUUUGAUGUCCUGCUUUGUGAGAGUUGGGACAAGAAAAGCUGGCUUGUUCUUGGGAAAGCCUUAUGAGACGCUACUUACAAGACUAGGAUGCAUGCAGUGUAUAGCAUUUGUGAACAAUUUUUCCUCAAAGGUGAAUGAGACCUUGGUCUUUAGACUGCAUGCAGAAUUCCGUAGUUGGCAUUUAUUUGCAGUUUGUUUGUCUUACACGUGAUCGAGGACCCAGGUCGAAUGGAUUUUUAUACGAAAGAUAUUGGGCCACUAUGAACAUGAGGAUUUUGGCAAAUAAAUUUUAACUAUCGAAGAAUCUUCCUUUGCAA